AUGGUAGGGUCUAGAGGUGGUGAACUACGAGCUCCGAUCUUCAAUGGUGAGAACUAUGAGUUUUGGAGCAUAAGAAUGAAAACUAUUUUCAAAUCUCAUGGGUUAUGGGAACUUGUUGAGAAAGGGAUAAAGAGCUCAGAUUCGAAGGGAGCUGAUGAAUCUGAUGCGAAUAAGAAAGAAAAAGAGGAAUCGAGUGGUGAUGGGAAGAUGAUUCUCACUGAAAUCCUGAUGAAAGAUGCUAAGAGCUUUGCACAAAGGUUGGAGAGGCAUCAUGAGAACAAGACUGAGAAGGCUUUUGCUAGUCUGAGUGUAGAUUCCAAAUCAGCUAAGGUCAUUGGAAAUCAGAAUAGCAAGCAUCAGAAGAAUUGGAAGGAUAAGGGCAAAAAGUGGGAUAACAAACUCGCUGAUGGAGCUAAAUUUUUUUGCAAACAUUGUGGGAAAUUGCAUUUUGGAGAGUGUCGAUUCAAGGGCAAAUCGAAAUGCUAUAACUAUGACAAGUUUGGUCACAUUGCAAAAGAUUGCUAUAGUAAGAAACCUGUGCAGCAGCAGCUCCAGUAUGCUACUCAGGUAACCUCUACACCAACUAUGUUCUAUGUCAAUAAUGCAGCUGACAAAAGGUUCAUGGAAGAUGUAUGGUAUUUGGACAGUGGUUGUAGUAACCAUAUGACUGGCAGAGAAGAUGUUUUGACUGAUAUUGAUAGAAGUAUAACGGCAAAAGUUGCAAUGGGGACAGGACAGUUGGUCGAUGUUAUUGGAAAAUGA